CAGUAUAUUAUAUACUCGUAGAAUAGAAGAGCGCCUGAGCCUCCGCCCGCCGCCGUCGCCCACGCAACCUUGCUCCUCCGCUCGCUUCCUCCCCGCCGGCGACGACGCGAUGUCUUCCGAGCCCGAGAAAGCGCCGCCCGCCCCCGAAGCGGGCGUCCCCGCAGCCACCGUCAGCAAUAAGCAACGGAAGAGGGACGCCAGGAAGGCCGAGAAGGCGGCCAAGUACGCGCAGGCGCACGCGCAGCAGAAGCCCGCCGCCGAGGACCCCUCGCCGGAGCACGAGAAGCAGAAGCAGCAGCAGCCCGCCGCCGCCGAGGACGACCCCUCGGCGGCCAACUACGGCGACGUCCUCCCCGGGGAGAUCCUCCCCGCGGCGGUCCCCGACGGACCGUGGGCCGAGAUCGGCCACCUCGACACGGCCGCCGCCGGCCGCUCCGUGCUGGUCCGCGCGACGGCGCAGGCGGUCUACCGCGGGUCCAAGACCAAGAACGUGGCCUUCCUCAAGCUGCGGCAGGGGAUGAGCACCGUGCAGUGCGUGCUCGCCGGCAGCGCGCAGAUGGCGCUCUUCGCCUUGUCCCUCCCCAAGGAGUCGAUCGUCGUCGUGGAGGGCGCCGUCGCCCUCCUCGACGAGCCCCUCAGCUACACCACAGUGCAAGAGGUGGAGAUUAAGGUGAGGAAGCUCUACUGCAUCAGCAGGGCCGACCCGAAGCUACCCAUCAGCGUCGAGGACGCCGGCCGGAGUUCGGCGGAGUUUGCAAAAGCUGAAGCAAAGGGAGUGCCACUUCCCCGCGUUGGUCAGGACACACGCUUGGACUAUCGAGUUAUUGAUGUGCGGACACCGACCGGUCAAGCCAUUUUCCGUAUACAGCAUCAAGUUGAAAACAAAUUCAGGGAACAUUUGUCGUCAAAAGAUUUUAUCGGGAUCCACACUCCAAAGCUGAUUUCUGGGUCAAGUGAAGGUGGAGCAGCAGUAUUCAAACUUGAAUAUAAGAAUGGCAAGUCUGCUUGUUUGGCACAAUCCCCUCAGCUGCACAAGCAGAUGGCUAUCUGUGGUGGGUUCCGUCGUGUAUUUGAGGUUGGGCCCGUGUUUCGUGCAGAAGACUCCAACACACAUAGGCAUCUGUGUGAGUUUGUUGGUUUGGACGCUGAAAUGGAGAUUAUGAGGCACUACUUUGAGGUUUGCGAUAUUGUGGAUGGAUUAUUUGUAGAAAUUUUCAGACACUUGAAUGAAAAUUGCAAGAGGGAACUUGAGGCAAUUAAUAGGCAGUAUCCAUUUGAACCACUGAAGUACCUAGAAAGUACCUUGAGGCUCAGUUACGAGGAAGGAAUACAAAUGUUGAAGGAAGCUGGAACAGAAAUUGAGCCUAUGGGUGACCUCAACACUGAAGCUGAGAAAAAACUUGGUCAGCUUGUUAGGGAGAAGUAUGACACUGAGUUUUUCAUUCUCUAUCGAUAUCCUUUGGCGGCACGCCCCUUCUACACCAUGCCUUGCUAUGAAAACCCAGCGUACAGCAACUCUUUUGAUGUCUUCCUUCGAGGCGAGGAAAUAAUUUCCGGAGCACAAAGAAUACAUGAACCCGAGCUGCUGGCCAAACGUGCGGCCGAGCAUGGAAUCGGGAAGAGUUCCAUCAAGUCAUACGUCGACUCAUUCAGGUACGGCGCACCUCCUCAUGGCGGGUUCGGGGUCGGGCUGGAGAGAGUGGUCAUGCUGUUCUGCGGACUGAGCAACGUCCGGCUGGCAUCGCUUUUCCCUCGUGACCCGCAGAGGCUGAGCCCAUGACCCCUCUUCCUCUUAAGAGCGAGUCUGAUCCAUGCUUAUUCUAGCCUUGAUGAACCUUCUCGAUGCUUAGUUACCUCUACCUUUUAAGCAACGUUCUGCUGUAAAAUGGUUACCAAACUCUCACCUUGAUGUGCGUAGUAGUAGGCUAGUUUCGGUAGCAGAUCAAAGACUUGAGCAUGGAGAAGUUUGCGGAUAAUUGAGAAUCGAUAGUUAACUGAAGAAGGUUUGCAGUAAUUCA